AUGCAUUAUAGUAGUGUCUUGUUCAUAUUGAAAGUACUGACUGUUCUGCCUGUUAGACUCGUAUGUUCGGUGUGGAAUAUAUGGAUUCAUCAUCACCGAUUCCUAAAUGGAAAUAUACUGCUAAAAGCAUUCAUGCGAUUGGCAUUCGAUUUGACGAAUGAGUUUACAUGUCAUGAUAUCCUAAAUCCAUUGUUUGAUUGGUGCACAGAUGUAAUCUGCGAACCAUUGGAAACGAUUGAAGAUGAGGAAGAUAAUGAACAUUUACAGAUAAAGUUUAGAUGGUACGUGAGACCAAAGGAUUUUGAUCCGGAAAGAGACCCUGUAUUGAUCUAUUUCCAUGGUGGUGGGUUUGCUGUCAAGUUAACCCCAAUUUCAAUAUUAUUUUUAAGGAAUCUUAAGAAAGUGUUCCCCAAAAUGGUAAUAAUCAUCUCUGAUUAUACCGUUAGUGAUAUGCUUAAUGAUAAAAAGGCUUCUCAUAGAUACCCAAUGCAAAUCUUGGAAUCAAUUGCAUUAUAUAAUUAUGUGACAGAAUCAAUUGGAUGUAAAAGAGUGAUAAUGUCAGGAGAUUCGGCUGGUGGCAACCUUGUUGCAGAAGUAUUAUUGCAUUUGUCAAGGAACGACUUGAAACUUCCCCAUAAAGCUAUUCUGAUAAGUCCCUGGCUGAAUCCAUCGAAAAUUGAUGGACAUGAAACGUCAACCGAAAUAUUGGAUUGUCUUAGCUAUAAGGCACUAAAAAGGUUUAGUGAAGCGUAUAUCCCAUUUCAAUAUGAUAAUAGAGAAGCUCCCUUAAAUGUAGAGUGUGAUUUCGACAAAAAUAAUUGGAAUAUUAUCAUUAAUGAAACAAAAUUAUUUGUUACAUAUGGCCAGGAUGAGAUAUUAAGACCUCAGAUCCAACGAUUUAUAUCACGAUUGAAAGAGAUGAAUCCUUCUAAUAUCUACAUUCAAGGUGACGAAAAGGGUGGUCAUAUUGAGCCAUUAUUAAGUUGUAAUUUCAACGUUGAGCUGUGGUCCAAACAACCAACCAUAAAGGGAAUAUUGGAGUUUCUAAUGUCGUGA